AUGACCAACCAAACCUUGGAUAGAAGAAGUGUAUUGAAGAGAUGGGGGGGUGCGGUCCUCAAACGACAGAGGCCAAGUGAACAACCAAGUAAUAACAAGCCAGGGGAGAAAGUAACAGAAGCAAAGCCGGCUCCUAACCCACCGCAGCCAAGUGAACAACCAAGUAAUAACAAGCCAGAGGAGAAACCAGAGCCGGCUCCUAACCCACUGAGGCCAAGUGAACAACCAAGUAAUAACAAGCCAGAGGAGAAACAGCAGCUUCCAGAAAACUAUGAAGCUAUUGUGAGAGAUGCUGACUCACUCAUCGGCAAAUCCUCAGUCGAAAACCUCCUUGAACAGCUCCAUGCUGGAAUAACCUUAAACCAUAAGAGAAAGUAUUGGGUUGACAAGAAGUCCAACAACUGCUUUAUGGUGUAUGCAAGGGAUCUCUCGAUCUCUUGGGCUGAAGACGAUCGUAACCGGCUCUGGCCCUCCCUGCAAGAAACCAGUGGUGUCGUCAUUGAUGCUGCUGAACUGAUUAAUGAAUGUUGGCUAGAAGUGCAUGGAAAAUUUAAAACUACAAAGCUGUCACCAGGACCUCUGUAUGAAGUUGUGUUUGUGGUCAAGCUGAAAGCUUCAGCUGAUGGAGGGGAUGUUCCAGUGAAUGUCAGUCCCACUCUUCCAGGGUAG